AUGCUGCACCUCAUGGAGAAAGGGGAGGUACCGUCACCUGCCGCCAUUCCCACUCCGCCGCCCAUCCAGCUGUCAGCAGAUCAGGUCAUAUCCUCCUUCGUAUCAAAUCCUGCCAACAAUCCCACUUCCCACGGAUGCGACCUCCCCCUGCUGCUGCACAAGCUCUACCUCCUCGACGUCUGCCUCGGCCAAUCGCAGUCCGCCACGUCAGUGCACACCAUGCGGGCGUGGCUGACGUGGCUGCAGGCCGCUGCAACCAAGCUGUCCACAACAGACACAAGAACAGGCGCCGGCCAGGUGAGCACGAAUCUGCACCCUUGA